GUCAGUUCGCUUCCUUAUUCCGAUUAGUCUCGAGAUGUAAACACGGGUAUCUCGCCCUCAGCUGUCAGUCGCUAUCUUCUCUUUCUCUACCUGUCAUUUAUAACUCGUUUCCCUUUUAUUUUUUUCGCUAUAACAAACCGACAUGAAGAAGUUCUUUGACGACAUCAAGAAAGACAUUAAGUUCAAGACAGCUGGACCAGGGAAGAAACUAACGGAAGAUACCAGCUCCAAUCGCCCAGUGGCGCAGAACAGCGCCCCAGCGAAGUCCCGCCACGCGCCCACAGAUGGAGCGCAGAAAGCCGGGGCGGCAGCUCUAGCGAGGAUUGAGCAGCAGCCUCGCCCCCGCUUACAGACGUCGCAGGAUGCCAUUCGCCUUCAGGUGAAGAAAGAGCUUGAGGCAGAAGCUUCAGCAAUGGCGUCUCAUCAAAAACUGGCGACAGAGGGUUCCAAGGUGCCAGUUAAGGAUCCCGCCAGUUUCUCAGUGUCGGGGGUGUACUUCACGUGUCCCCUCACCGGAGCCACCUUAACAAAGAGCGAAAGGGAGGUGCAUAUAAAGGAAGCCAUUCUCAUGCGCUUCGCAGAGGAUCCGGUGGAGGCGUCCAUCAUGAUGGUUCACACCUUCAACAGGGACAGAGAGAAAGUCAAGGUCGCUGUGGACAUCAUCAGCAAGUACGUGGACAAUAUCUAUAAAAACCCCACAGAGGAGAAAUACAGGAAGAUCAAAGUCAGCAACAAGAUCUUUCAGGAAAAGGUGUGCUCCGUGGAAGGCUCUCGCGAGUUCCUGCAGGCCGUGGGGUUCGAGAGCACCACCCUGCCCAUGGAGGGACAGGAGAACGAGGAGGAGUUCUUGGUGCUGGCUGAGCAGGAGCCUGAGGGAUUGGAGCAGCUGAAGGAGAGGCGGGACAGGCUGCAGAGCGGAGAGCCAAUCAGGGCUCAGCUGGACAGACGGACACAGGCCUUCCGGCCCUCCCCCAACGCCACGCGCUUCGAGCUCCCCCCCGACUUCUACAACCUCACGGCGGAGGAGCUGAAGAGGGAACAACAGCUCAAGAGCGAGGUGGUGGAGCGGAACGCCAUGCUGCGGACGAAGGCCAUGCGUGAGCGGGAGGAGCAGAGGGAGAGGAGGAAGUACAGCUACGCCCUGCUGAGAGUCCGGCUGCCCGACGGGACCCUGCUGCAGGGCACGUUCCUGGCCAGGGACAGGGUGGCAUCGCUCUACCAGUUUGUGCGCGAGGCCCUGCUGGACGGCUGGCAGCCCUUUGAGCUGGUGGCUCCGGGGGGGCAGAAGCUGAAGGAGGAGGAGGAGGUGGCGCUGAACGAGUGCGGCCUGGUGCCGGCGGCUCUCCUGUGCUUCUCCUGGGACGCGGCGGUUCAGGCGGACAUCGCGGCUGCGGGGGGGCAGAGCUCCCAGCUGCUGAGGCCGGAGCUGCAUGAGAGCAUGCAGACCCUGAGCUGAGCAGCACGCCCCCCCCUGCGCCCCCCCCCCCCACGCCUCGACACCCCCCCUCCCGCCACCCCCUCACCUCCCUUACCGCUCCUCCAUUCUCACCCAACCUCCUCUCCCCACCCCCUUCACCCCUCAGUUUGAAAGGCUCAGAAGCGCUGGCGGGGAUAUUAAUGCGCUGUAACUGCGCUGUGAAUGGCUGGAGCGCUUCUUCAACUUUGACCCCUGUGUGACUGCGGGGUGGGGUGGGCAGGGCGGGCCGGGGCAGGUGGGGUGUUCUGGCCUACCUGUCCACGAUUCUCAUCAGCACUGUGAAUGCAGGACCGCAGCCACAGUCUUCAGCACUGCCGAAUUAACACCACACGGGACGUCCCACACGGGGCAUCCCACAUGGGGGGUCCCACGCCCAGCUCAUGGUCAUACAGGUGCAGGAAAAAGAACACCGCACUGCAGCCACACAACACCAUUAUUCCUGCUUUGCUCUGCUCGGAAAGAAAACUGCUCAGAGAAAAAGGAGAUGGGUCAGCAGGAGGGAUUGUGGGUAAUGCACAUUUGUGUGAUUGUAUACGUGUGUCCUACUGCUCUGAGCGAUGCACAAACACAACCCCCCUCCAACAGUAUGUGAGCUGCCUGUUGGCUGGGUUGUCUGAUUCAUAGCGUAUAUACUGAGCACGAGGAGCUAACCUUGAGGGUGAAUCUGUCAGUUAAGCUACCUUUUUAUUUUACCCUUUGCUAAAUGUUAUAUUAAUUUAUUACCCGUGUAGCACUUUUAUCUCUCUUGCACAGCUGCUCCUGGGGUGAACAGUUCACUCGGCUGGCCAACGGCUCACAAAGCCAACCAACAGUUCAUAGGGAUGAAAAAUGGUUCACACAGCUAACCAACCAUUCACACAGCUAACCAACCAUUCACACAGCUAACCGGCGGUUCACGCGGCAAACCCAAUAGUUCACACAAGUAACCAGCAGUUAGCUACCCAACAGUCGACGCAACUAUCCAACAGUUCACACGGUUAACCAACAGUUCUACACAGCCAAAGUAAAAAAACAAGUUUUCAUUAAUCAAUAUGAAUAUCACUACCCAGCCAUCAGUAUUUGCUUUCUUCAAUAUCCUAGUAAAUCAUAUUUUUAAAGCUGUGCUCAAACACUCGAAAACGAAUCACAGCAUAUAAAUGUAACCUUACCCUAAGCCCAAGGCCAGCUUUCGAUACCCGACAUGGAAUCCACUAAUUUAUGAACGUAUGUUAAAGAAGGAAAUGUAGAUUUUGUUGAUUCUAACCUAUGGAGGUACAUACCCGAAAACAUCAAGAGUGUCGAGGCUGUAUGUGAUUAGUGGUGAUAGAUGAUUGGUGGAGCUGUGGAGCAGAGGAUAGUCCCGCCCUGAACUUAAAAGUCAGAACAGUAACCUACCUCCUCAUAUGACAGUACUCUUCAACAUGCACUGCAGACACUGUUGGGUCAGUCAGAGAGCUCUCUCUACCCUUUCAAACCCACAUUCACCUCCUGCUCCUGGAGAGUCACCAGGGUCUGCUGGCUUCUUCCUCAGCUCUGGAGUAGCGCAGCGAUUGAGCAGUCAAAGCGGUCGAUUACACGGCUGACUCGGGUUUUCGGGCCCGAAUCCGUCGCUCACCUUAAGGGCGAAAACGAAAAACCAGCAGGCUCAGAGGCUCUCCGGGACCAGGACUGAGGAACGCCUACUUUACACGCAGCAGGGAGGGGGGCGAAGAACCAGCACCACCCAAACGUCUUGAGAUGCUAGUAUGUGGCACCUGGUUCACAGCAAAUGGACGUUUGCACAUUCUGAGUUCCGAGAGAAAGUGAUGUAAAAUAAGUAAAAUGACGUAUGCGCAGUAACGUUAAAAAAAAGAUCACACGUAGCCGAACUAACGGACACACCAGGGGCUGCUUGCGCCAUAAUCUGCAUAUGGAAGUGCAAAUUGUCAUCAUUUCAUUUUUGCCGUUCUGUAAUAAAAGACGUUUUCCUCAAUCCGCGCUGUCCGUCAAUUUGGUUUCCAAAAGAGUUGGUGUCUGCACUUCAAACCGGGGUGGAUUAAGAUCCAAAGAUGUGCGUUUCUGCCUAAUUUCAUUUUUAAUUGUCGUUUAGACGGUAAUUAACUGCUUUGUCUAGAUGUACAUGAAAUCAUUUCCGUUAUUUCAGUAUUUCAGUUUUGUCCUUGUCCAUAGCUUUUUAACCAGAUGAUGUAAUAAAGAGAAUGCAUACGAACAAA